AUGCCCGAUGCCGUGGAUAGCGUUGGUCACCUGUUGCUCCUUGCCCUGUUGCUGUGUAUGCUGGCUCUCGUGGGAUACUACGUCGUUCCGUAUAGCCGCAAUCGCUACAAGUUGAAUAAUAUCCCGGGACCACUAGUGGCUCGGUUCUCGAACCUUUGGAGCCUUUAUUGGGCAAGACAGCAUCAACUAUCGUGGGUGACAUACGACCUGCACAAGCAAUACGGCGACUUUGUGCGCCUGGCACCAGACCAUGUGAGCAUCUCACAUCCAGAUAGUAUUAGAGACGUCCUAGGCCACGGAAACGGCUUUACCAAAUCAGAGUUUUACUAUGCCUUCGACAAUAUUCAGUCGGGAAUCUUCACCACCAGGGACAGGGCGGCACACAGCCGCAAGCGAAAAUAUGUGUCACACAUGUUUAGCCCCAAGGCGAUGGUGGGAUUCGAGCCAUAUAUGACCAGAGCCAUUGGGACACUCUCUUCUCAAAUGGACUUGUUAAUCGACACCGGACAGGCUGGGAGAUAUAGGUCCCUAGCAGAAACGAACCCCCAGAUCCGCGGCCGUCGGAGGAAUGGCGAAGCCGGCAUCGAUGUUGCUCAGUGGUCUGCCUUUCUGGCGUUUGACAUCAUUGGUGACUUGGCAUUUGGAGAGCCAUUUGGAUUCACGGCUCUGGGACAAGACAGUAAUGGAGGAAUCAAGAAACUACGUGAUCGUGGCGAAUGGUGCGCCACUGUGGGUCAGAUGCCUUGGAUAAAAACAUGGACACCUUACUUAUUCUUCGAUCCCUUCUUCACCAAAGGACUGCAAGCAACGAAAGAUCUUGCUCGGAUCGGCAUUGCCAAAGUCGAAAAGCGCAAGACGGCCAAAGUUGAUCCGGAUCGGAAAGAUAUCCUAUAUUAUUUGCUCGCCGCAACGGACCCGGAUACAGGAAACGCACUCCCUGACAAUGAGGUCAAAGCUGAGGCUUUAACCCAGUUGAUUGCCGGUAGCGAUACCACGGGUAACACCAUCACUCAUAUCGUUGACAUGCUGUGCCGGCAUCCGGAGGCCAUGAAGAAGCUCCAGGAAGAACUCGACGCCGCAUUCCCCAGUCCGCUUGAGCCCGACUUUGUGGCUAUGUUUGAGGACUGCAAGGACUUGCCCUACACCCAGGGCGUGAUCAAUGAGACUCUCCGUCUCAGGACGACCGUGUCCGUGGGCUUACCUCGAGUUGUCCCGAAAGGUGGUGCGAUGGUAUGCGGACGAUUUUUUGAAGCCGGCACGGUGCUCUCGACUCCAACGUACACCGCACAUCGAGAUGCGAGGGUCUGGGGCCCCGAUGCCCUGGAGUUCAAGCCAGAGAGAUGGGAGCGUGAAGGCGUCGCGGAGCUCGAGAAGGCUUUUCUAGGGUUCAGCUAUGGUCCCAGGGCCUGCAUUGGUCGCAAUGUCGCAUACAUGGAACUAAAGAAGACGGUAGCCACUCUGUUCCGCCGCUUCGAAUAUCGUCAUGCGUUUCCGGAGAAGGAAACGUAUAUUCGAGAGGGAUUCCAUUUGAAGUGUCAGGAGCUGCCAGUCUUCAUCCGCAGACGGAGGUGA